UACUAGCAGCAUCCCUAGGAGGUAUGUGAUGUUGCCUGUUGCACCUCUCACCCACAAAUAAGCUAUGCGCGCACACCAGAAUACCCCUGCAACUCUCCCUGAGAGAGUCUUCCUGUUACUUAAAGCAACAUCAGCAUUCACAUUUUCCUGCCAACUUGAUCUGCAGAACUGAUGGGCAUCCUUCCAACAAGAAACCACCUGCAUUGAGUAAGCACACUGAAAAAAACAAAUGUUCUCUGGUUUCAACAGAUCAUUGGCAAAGCAAACAAGCUCCAUCUGUUAUCUUACACCACUUUAACAGUUUAUCUCGAGUGAUGAUGCCAUGUAGCAAGACAAGCCACACAAGAAAACUAUUGUUAGGUAGAUGGCCUUUUCCCCAAACCAGACCUGCUCAAUCCACCUUCUGGUAUUCAGUUCGCAAAGUGUUUCAAAUAGUAGACACUUUACAUACAGGCAUCAACUUGCCAUCCCAACUAGGAGUUGCACCAGAGAUCGUCAGGUGAGCUAGAAGCAAAGGUCUGAGCUUUAGAACCCUUAUCCAUGCCCACGAGCUACUGGGACUAACACUCAUAAUCCAAAUGCUACCUUUGUUUCACCUUGCAACACCACACCAGGCCACCAAAUAGUCCCACUUUUCAUCAUUAAUAGCCAAAUCAUUCUGAUGGAGCAGUCCCUAUUCCAAGCUAAAAGAUCUUUUAUCCCUAGACCUCCUUCCACUCUCGGUCGAGCUAAUCGAUCCCAGCCAAUUUUUGCUCUACCCUCAUUCCCCCAUGCAAAAGAAAGUUCGAGCAAACAGUAUACACUCGCUUUAGUACUUUCUUAGGCAAAAGGAAGACUUGCAUCCAAUACUAUAGUAGCCCCAUGAUAACAGAGGUGAUUAGUUCAAGCCUACCUGCAUAACUCAGUUGUUUGGCAUGCCAGGUUCCAAUUUUUUUAGUGAUCUUUGCCACCACCUUAUCACAGUCAGUAGAAGAAAGCUUCCCAGAGAAUAAUGGAAGCCCCAAGUAUCUUACUGGUAUUUUUCCCUCUUGGAAUCCAGACAUCUGCAAAGCAUUACUCUUGAAGAGAACAGACUGCCCCCCAAAGUACACUUCACAUUUGCUUGGGUUACACUUAAGUCCUGAAAGGAUAUAGAACUCAUUUAAAAGCUCUUGUACUCUACAUAUUGCUUGCGCAGACCCUUCUGUAAAAAUGAGAAGGUCAUCUGCAAAGCAUAGGCGAGUCAACCCUAUAUUUUUGCACUAUGGAUGAUAGUGCAAAAAGUAUUAAGUAUACUUAUUCUUUCCAGCUCUAUUUAAGUAAGGAAGAUAGACCCUCCAUUCCAAUAGUAAACAGGUAGGGAGAGAGGGGAUCCCCCUCCCUCACCCCCCUCUUUGCCCCAAAGAAUCCACAAAGGCCUCCAUUGACACAAAUACUAAAACGAGAAGUUUUAACACAAAGUUUUAUCCAAUACAAAAACUUAGGCGGGAAUCCCAUAACUUCCAUCAUUAAGAAUAGAUAAUCCCAGUUUUCCGAGUCAAAAGCCUUCAUCGGGUCAAUUUUUAUAGCACAGUGGGAGGAGAGAUUCAUUCUACUAUAACCACUGACUAAUUCUUGAGCCAUACGGAUAUUAUCCACUAUUCUUCUUCCUUCGAUAAAAGCCGACUGAUUACUACUAAUCAUAGUUGCAAGCACCUUCUUAAGUCUAUUUGACAACAGUUUUGCAAUGAUUUUAUAGAGAAUGUUGACACAGGAUAUUAGGCGGAAGUCUUUGAGCUUACAAGCAGAAGGUACCUUAGGGAUGAGAGAGAUUGUAGUAGAAUUAACACUACUUGGAAGCCUACCAGAAGAAAAGAAGUCCAGAACUGCUGCGGUGAUGUCCACUCUAACGAUAGACCAGGCCUUCUGGAAGAACCCAGCUGAAUAGCCAUCAGAACCAGGGACUCUAUGUGGAUUCAUAUGCAUAAUCACUAAUUUGACAUCCUCAGAGGUAAAUCCCCCACACAACAUUGACUUAUCCUCUUAUGAUAAAGAUUUGGAAAUAAGAGCCUCCAACUCCUGCUUGUUAGGAUUAACAGCCUGAUCCACUUUUCCAAACAAUAUCUAAUGGAAUGAGACUGCUUCCUCAGCUAUCAAUUUAACAUCAGUAAUCUCCUCUCCAAAAUCUAGAACAAGCUUCCGAAUAGCUUUCUUUGCCGUCUUUACUUUAACUAAUUGGUGAAAAUAUCUUGUACCUCUAUUCCCCAUUGUGAGUGACCUGAUUCGAGCUUUCCUCUAGUACAAACCUUUCUCAACCGUUUUCAAUUCCUCCCAUUUCUUCCGCAUAGUAGUGACUUCAAGAAAAUUCUCAGUAGAAGGACAAUUUAGAGCCACCUGUUGAGCAGCUAGGAAAAGCCUCUUAGCUUCCAAGACUUGACCAAUAAUGUCUGAAAACACCUCAUUAUUUAAUUGUUUUAGCCCUUUUUCACCUCGUUUAAUCUGGCUUUAACCACCUGAAUAGGCACCCCUUGAAUCUGAGUAUCCCAUCCAAUCUUAACAAUCUGCAGGAAGUCUGGAUGCUCUGACCAAAAAUCAAAGUAUUUGAAAGGCUUAGGAAAGGUCCCCUGAUCUGGUUUGGUAGACACCAGGACUCCACAAUGAUAAAAAAAAGUACCAUUAAUGAUUUCCACUAUACAAUUGGGAAACAUAUCAAACCACUUCUCAUUUACCAAUGCUCUAUCAAGUCGUCUUGCAAUGGGAUUCCUCACCUGCCUAUUUGUCCAGGUAAAGAGUGGCCCUGGAGACCUAUGAUCAAAUAACUCCAUAGCUGAGACCCACCGAUUGAAAUCACUCAAACAAAUGGUCGUAUCAGUUAAGUUUGAUGUGUCAGAAGGACUAAGAACUGCAUUAAAGUCACCAACUACAAUUCAAGGCACUGUGGUCAUCUUUAAAGGAGUCAUCUCGUGAUAUGUAGCUUGACGUUCUGCUUCCUCAUUGGAUCCAUAUUCUCUCGUUAUAAAUCAAGACUCCCCCUCUCUACUCUGAACCAAAAAAUGCACAAAUUUUUUGCUAGGUACCAUAAUUCUCACAUUAACCUUGUCAGGAUUCCAGUAUAUCCAUAGUCUCCCCGAGUCACUAUACACAUAGUUUAAGUGCUUCUGCCAGUCAUGACAAAAACCCUCGGCCAGUUCCUCUUAUUUAUGCUCUCUUAUUCUUGUUUCUAGAAUAGCUACUACAUCUACAUUAUAGCUACCUCAUCUUCAUUAUACUUGUUAAACACUUCAAAAGAAUGAGACAUAUUGAGCACACUUGUGGGACUGGGAAUUGGUGACCAAACCCAUUGUUUACCCCCAUUAACUACCCUUUGAAAAUCUGCUUCUGAAGGUAACACAGGAGAGCUACAACCAGCAACCUCCUGAAACUUAUCAUCAAGAUUAGUGCCUGGGCAUUAAAAUGAAAUCACAUUUGAUCCCACCAUCAUAGAUAAAGUGACUAACAGUGUUGUCCCAUGGUCAGUCAUCACUCCUUCACCCUUCUCAUUAACAAUGUCCUUGCUUCCGACUACCUCAAGUUGUGCAACUGGAGAACCUCCCUUGAGUUGGUCCCCCUCAUAUUUGCAAUACCUACUUUUUCAUUCCAAACAGUAGUUUCUCCUUCUAGUUACACCCCCCACCAAUUUAUACACCACAAUUUCCCCCUCAAAAUGUGUAAGGUAAGUGUUUAAGUACCAUACAUGUACCUCUCUCAACAACUCGAGUUAUUGGGACCAGUUGGUUUAUCACAUGGUAUUAGAUCUGUGAACCGAUCCACAACUUUUGUUUCGUCAUGAGUGAAAAGGAAUAUGAAAUCCUCAACAUCUCGGCCAAAAGUGGCGCGAGCCCUAGCGGUGUCACGCAGCUUCCAUCUCCCUUCAUCAUCCAUCAAUCUGACAGUCCCAACAAACUCUUUGUAGGCGAUCUUCUCACGGAAGCCAAUUAUGGAGAGUGGGUCGGUGACAUCACGGAUUCAUUUAUUGUCGAGAAUAAACUUGGCUUCGUUGAUGGCUCGAUAUCUGCACCGACCGAUGGAGGUGCAGCCUAUGAUGCCUGGAAGCAAGUCAAUGCCAUGGUCAAAGGAUGGCUCAAAACGGCCAUGCCGAAGGACGUCCAUAGUAGAGUACGUUUUUCUAUCACCGCUCGGGAGAUGUGGGUCAACAUCCAGUCGAGUUUUGGUCAUGGCAGCACCUCGCGUAUGUACGAGUUGAAGUGCACCAUCAACCUACUACAAUAGGAGAAGGCCUCUGUUGCUUCUUUUUACACCAAAUUGCGAGGUUUGUGGGAUGAAAUUAGUUAUCUCGCUCCUUCUUUAGAGUGUACUUGUGGUGGUUGUACUUGUGAUGUCAAACGCAGGCAACGUGAAGUCAAGGAGAGGGAAAGACUCUUCGAUUUUAUUAUGGGCCUCAAUGAUGCUUUUAGCACGGUCAAAAUUCAAAUCCUUGCAAUGAAGUCGAUCCCCAGUCUUGUCAAGGCUUACCAUCUGGUCAUGAAUGACGAAUAGCAGCGUCAUAUUUCUAGUUCUCGUCGCCCCCGUGUUGAAGUAGUCGUGUUCCAGGCUCAUGGGGAGAAGAAGCCAUAUUCUGCUUCUCGACAGGGGGAGCGGGAGCAAGAUUCUCGUCCACUUUAUGCCCAUGGCCGUUCCCGUUUGCACACACUGGCAGAAGACGUGACAUUUUAAGGAGACGUGCUACAAAUUGCACGGUUACCCCUCACAUUCUCCAGCCAGCGGUGAUCCAGCGCCACGUCGUCGACAGGAGGAGAGGCCUGAUCGCGGUCACCGUUCCACUCCACAGGCCUCCGCGGUUGACGUUGAGUCCAGCCCUUUCCCAGCUUGUCCCCAGCUCAGUUCACCCAAUUAAAAAAGCUCCUUGGCUUUGACAUUCUCUCAUCCACUCAGUCUUCCGCUUACCCGAUCUCCAACAUGGUAGGUAAUGUUCUUACUCCUAGUACUUCAUGGGUUAUCGAUUUUGCGUGUAAUGAACAUAUUGUUAAUGAUCACUCUUUGUUACUUAAUGAGCUAGAGAGUCCCCUAGCUUUACAAGUUCGUAUCUUGAAUGGUACUGGUGUAUCGGUUCAUCGUAUUGAUUCUACGCAGUUGUCUAGUGAUCUGUUUCUUCGCCGCUUUCUGCAUGUCCCAGAAUUUUAGUGUAAUUUGUUGUUUGUUCGUCGUCUUACAACGGAUCUUCCAGCGGCUUUGAUUUUCUUAAAAGACUUUUGUGUUAUUCAGGACUUACCAUCCAAAAGGAUGAUUGGGGUGGGUAAGCACGUCGACGGAUUGUAUUAUCUGCAGCUUUUUGAUGGACGGCAUCCGGUGGCACAUUCAGUUCGUCACGCUGUAGACAGUUCCACAUUGUGGCAUACGCGCUUGGGUCAUCCUUCCAUGCCAAAGCUAUCUAUCCUUCAGAAAUAUAUUUUGAGUCCCAUUGUUCAGUAAAGGAACUCUUGUUUUUCCUGUUUUCUUCGUGCUAAAAAGACUCGUGAUUUUUUUCCUUCUAGUUCGAUCACUACUACAGAUUGUUUUGAGCUGAUACAUGCUGAUAUUUGAGGUGGUUAUCAAACCCCUUCUAUCACUGGAGGUCGUUAUUUCCUGACUAUACUAAAUGUGUAAGUGGGCACCGGGCCGGGCCGCCCACGGGCUUGCACGGCACGGUACAGUUAGAGCCCGGCACGAGCACGGGCAUGAAAUAUAUGGGCCAGUCCGGCACGAGCAAGAAUUCUUUAUCCGCCGUGUCGGUCAUAAAUUUCAUGGGCACGAGCACAGGCACGGCACGGUAUGUAAAUGGGUCGUGGCGAGCCUAAUAUUUUCAAACCUUGUUGAGUAUAAGAAUGGACAUAGUACAAAAAGAAUAUUAAUUUGAUAAAAAAUAAAUAUAUAAAGAAUAAUAGG